CCGUCACAUAGGUAGUUAACGUGGGGACAUAACUUAGGGCCUUUUAUCCUUGCGGCAAGCAAGCUGCGUGCAGAAUGUUGCCGCGGUUCUUCACGCUGUAAAGUGUGAAAACCUCUUCGAAAGGGCCCUCGACGUAAACAGAGAGCUACAAACAGUUAUUGCGUAAAUGAAUAUGCGAAAAGCACCGGCGGUGCUUACAGUGGUGGCGCUGCUUGCUUUAUUUGGAGCUGCUCACUGGUACCAUUCCAAUGGCCAAUUUGACAUCCGGGAAACGAGCAACCUUAAGAUCAAUGCCGACUCCAUGGCACAGCGUGCAGCCAGGAGGCUCGCAGCCGUUUCGUCGACGCAGUACAACGUGAUGGUCUUGUUGAGCUCCGCUCUUACUGCUAUUCCGCCAGCCCGCCAGAUAAUCAGCAGCUUGGAAGCGCUUUCUGGCGUGGGGCUGGAUGUGACUUUCCAGCAGCCCAAGAGCCUGACGUGGGGCUCUGAAACCACCGCCCUCGUCAUCCCAGCUCUACAAGCCGACUAUGUGGCAAGUGUCAGCCAAACGACUAGCAGUGGCGACCCCAAGGCCGCAGCAAUGGAUGUCCAGGCAACUCUGAAAGAACUCUUGGCGUACGGAGGACACAUCAUCCUGACAGCCCCCACCGACCCACGAGACAUGGAGCGUGUGGCGUCGCUCGUCACGCUGCUGACAAACAACUCCCUGACCUGCUCGGGUGAUGCCGUGGCGGGUCAGGAGCUCGGGGUGUCAGUCAAGACUGCGGAUGCCUCGUCGUACUUCACGCAGUCGUACUUACCCUCCCUUGACAAUGAAGUGCACCCGCUGUCUUGUAACUUCCCCGGGUCGACGGUGCCCCACUACCGCUCUGAAGACGGCUACCCCACAGUGGUGGAGUGGCCCCGGCCGCUGAACACCUCCGAGGGCUCCAUCUGGGUGCUUGGCUUCACCUACAAAAGCAACUCAACCGCCUGGAAUGUGGUGCUGCACGAGAUCUUGAAGAUUGCAGACUCCACACUGUCCCAAACCAGCACCUUCUCCCGCUCCCGGCGGCCCCCCUCUCCCUCCCCGCCCGCCAAGUACCGCCCGCCUCCCCCCGCCUGGUCCACCUGGUCUUGGACCUCCUGGUACUCGUCCUACCUCACCUCCCCGCCGCCGCCGCCUGCCCGCCCGCCACCAUCGCCGCCGCCAGCACGCUCGCCGCCUCCAACCACCACCUCCAGACCCUGUACGACAGCCAACCUGACGCAUGCGCAGUACGACGCGCCCAAGAAGUGGUUUCGGAGCGCCUUGCCGCUGCUGCCUUGCAGCCACGAGCUGAACAUCCAGAUGGUGGUGCCGCAAUGCCUGGACGGCAGCGUCGUGUACUGGGACGCAGAAACAGGCAAGCGGCAGCUGAACGUCUCCGACUUCAGCGCCUCCUGUUCCUCGCCCUGCCUCACCGCCCUCAGCGAGCUCUACUACCGCCACGGGGAGGUGGAGGCGCAGCAGGUCUACAACACGGCCGCCGCCAACUGCCCCGCCCUCAACCGCACGCGCACCUGCUCCAACGGCGAGUUCGGAGCCUGGUCGGUGUACGGACCGCAGUACCGCGACCUGCCGUGCGACGGGAGCUGCCAGGAUGAGGAGUACGACAUGGGGACGGUGUUCUCACCCGGGCAGACGCAGGUGCGCAUCUUCUUCAGCUCCCAGUACGUAUCCUUCGGCAGCAGCUGCGCCUCCGUGGCAGUGGCCCGCGCCCGCACCUGCUCGGCCACCGGCAGCGGCACCUUUGCUGCCUGGAGCGACGGCCCCGCCUUCACCGAGUGCUUCGUGCAGUGCCCGCCGCCGGCAGACGACGCCGAAACCGUGGCCUCCUACGCGCCCUCCAGCGGGCUGCUGGGCGAGGGUGCCGUACUCAACCGCAAGAUGUACGGCAGCAGCGUGGCGGAUGAAAGCGGCGGCUGCCCGGCCAAGGUGCUGCAACGGACAUGCGGCAAGCCCGAGCCCACUCGCAUCCGGCUAGAGACGCCCCUCCAGCAGCUGGCUGAGAGCUACGGCGAGGUACGGCUGGCCUGGUUGCCCAGCGCCCCCUGGCACGUCCUCGACCCCGAGUACCCCCACCUCGACUGCCGUACCUCCUGCUGGGCGCCCGACGGGCAGUUCGUACCGCACGGCAGGUCGUACAGCUUCCUCAUGUACGCCGCCGGGGGAUCCAUUGACAGCCUGCCGGUGGCGCCACCGCCGCCGCCGAGCCCCGUCCGCCCGCCACCCAUGCCGCGGAAGCAGCAGCCACCUGCACCCAGGCCGCCGUCAGCAGCAGGCCACCGUCAGCUUUCGGAAAUGGGGAGGGAUGAAGUACAGGUUCUGCAGUUUAACGAUGUCGACGAGGCCUCCUCCAGCGCUGCUGCAGGCGUUGGCGGACCCAUGGGUCAGUCCCAUGCUCUCAAGCGGCGACGGGCUCGCAUGAUGGCCGCAAUUCAUCAACGUCGUGCCGCUCGGUUGUCUAGGCGUGCUGCAUUGGAGGAAGCUGUAAGCACUGUUGACUGGAAGCAGCGCCAGGUGGAGCACCAUGCGGCGUAUGAUGCCUUUGCCCUCGCGCUCGCUAACUACACAGCAGCCACAGCCACAGCCGCAAACGGCGGCGACGGCUACACCGGCAGUACCUCCGGCGUCCAAAAGUCUUUAUCGGCAAAGCUGGGCUCAACCAACCCAGGUGCUGCUUCCACGGCACUCGGCUGGAGCGCUGCACGCCACGCCAAACUCAACCAAAAGCGGCGCAUGGAGUUUUGGUCCUGGUUCUCGGACUACGACUAUCAGCAGGACUAUGUCGACUGGGGUGACUUCAGCGGAGGAGGUUCGGAUUACGAUUACGAUUACAUGGGUAGCUCCGGAGGCAGCUCCGGCGGGGGCAGCUCCGAAUACUUUGACUAUUUUGAUGACUUCACAUUCUUUGACUACUUCGACGAUGGUUUCUUUGACACCAUAUUCUGGGGCGAUUACAGUGACGGCAGCAGCGGUAGCAGCAACAGCAGCGAUGUCCUUGACCUGACGGAGUAUUUCUUCGGCAACGGCACUGUCCCAAGCGACUUUGGCGCCUCCUCCUCCUUCUACCGCUCCUCCUGCUACAACCGCUCCGUCAACGUCUACAGCUACUGCCGCGACGGACGCCUCGCCUCCCAGUGGCUCGACCGCAGCGGCCAGGUGCAGACGAGCCUGGACGCGCUCACGGCUACAUGCAAGCAGGCAUGCGGGUCAUCGGGAUCGGGCCAGGACUCCUGGUACCGCUACUACUAUAACUCUCGGCAGGCUGAUAGCCGCCAGGGAACGCAAGAGAAGUGCGAGUACCUAUCGGACUACUUCGUUUGUCACGGGGCGUCAUCUUCGAAGCCUCCCUCACCGCGAUCAGCACCUUCACCACCCUCCUCCACCUCCUCAUCAACGCCAUCUACCUCCUCCAACGCCACUUCCUGGCUCAUGUUCCUCUCCAUGGAAGCCGAAAUGAACGCUGCUGCUGCCGCCGCUAAUAAGUCAACUGCUGCCGGCUCCCAAACCCCCGCUAACGGCAGCAACAGCUUCGCGGUGUGCGGCAAGACGUGUGCACCCGACUGCAGCCAGGCCAUGCUGGCGGACGGGCGGCCCGACCCCGCUUGCAACUACGCCUCUUGCUGCUUCGAUGGGGCUGACUAUGAAGUUUGGAUCCUGGACAAGAUCAGCUCCGCUCAGCGGCUGAGCAUGAUCAACACCGAUGACGCCCUGCAAGAGGCCGUACGGCAGCUUGGCGAGGCUUGCAACCUGCAAAAGGCGUACGACAAGAAUCCAAACUUUGGCGACGACCUGCAGCGGUUCCUGGUGGUUGCGGCGUGUCGGUUGCAGAUGUCGUUGUACGGCGGAUCUGAUAUUACAGGACUGCAGGUGCCAACUGUAAUGCUAAGUACCAGGUCUGAGUUUAAGUCCUCUCUGGAGACCAUGUUGUCCGCGCUGAAGCUUCUGGACGCUGCACUGCUUGACGCCUCCAACACCGCAGACCGCUUCAUGCAGCUGCUGCAGCAGUACUUUUACAGGAGCGCCGACGACCCCACCAACUGGGCGGCGCUGCAGCCCACCUUCCACGGCAGUCAGCUGGACGCGGGCGACCUGACCAUGCAAGAGGAGCUGGAUCUGGUGACCAACGCUACCAUGCAGAGCGACCUGGUGGGCGGAGUGCUGCAGCGGCAGUUCCGAGACACCUACCUGCUGCUGGGCGCCAUCGACGUGCAGGGAGCGCAGGCCAAGCAGCUGCUCAACCAGCAGCUCCGCACCUCCGCGCUGCAAGAGGCGCUGCUCACCUCGCCUACCGGCCUGCUGCUGCUGCCGCCCGGCAAGCAGCUGCCCGACGGCAAGGGCAGCGUGUCCUUCUCCGUGAUGGACGAGUGGGGCGCGGGAGACGUGCUGCUGUACGGACUGCCCAGCGGCGGUAGCGGGGCACCCAGCAUGGUGGUGACGGCUCCGAUGCCGGCUACAAGACCUCCCGCUCCUUCCUCUUCCACCCCGUCUGCCUCCCCCUCUUCCUCACCGUCCACCCCCAUGACCUACGCCCACUUCAUAAGCCUGGCCCUGGCGGUGGACAACACCACCGGUGCCUAUGUGUUUGUGAUGCGCGGGGUGCCGUCGUCCAGCGCAGUGGCCGACCCGCCGCCGCGCUACUCGCUCCAAGACAGUGACGGGCGGAACUACAUCGGGGCCUACAUGGUGCACCGCAAGUCGGGCAUCGUGUUGGUUCCCGCGGGUGACCGAGUGCUGCUGCAGGGGGUCACCCUGGAGGACGUGCUCAUGGCCAAGGCGGCAGCAGGGCCGGGAGCCAUCUCCUCCUACAGCAGCCUCUUCCAGUCGGUCGGCAGCAGCGCAGUGUCGGGCAACGCCUGGGACACCGACGGCGACGGCAACAUGAGUGUGGACGAGCUGUGGGCCUUCCUGGACGCCAUGUCGCAGGUGGAGGAGCUGGGGCUGGCCAUUUGGGACGAGUGGCGCAAGGACAUGUACGAGGCCGUGUGGAGCAAGGGCCUGAGGCCCAGCUGGGGCGGGCUGCUGGACGGCUACAUCCACCCGGACAAUGUGUCGUACACGGCGGUGGAGGGGGUGGCCUCGCUGCUGCGGCGCAGCGUGGGAGUGGCGGACGGCAUGACGCACAGCUUCUGGGGCUUCAGCAUGUGGGACGCCGACCACGACGGCGUCAUCAGCCAGGCUGACGUGCUGCGCACCAUUGGCUACAUGGGCCUCAUUCGGGAGGACGGAUACAAGCUGGUCACGCACUACUACAGCUCGUACGGCGCUGCCGUUUCCAACACCACGGCUAAUGCCACCCAAGCGGGGCACCACCGCCGCUCCAUGGCCGUCUGCGGGGGCAGCAGCAGCAGCGGGGGCAGCAGCAGCAGCGGUACAAACACCGGCAGCAGCACCCCAAGCAGUGGAAGCAGCAGCAGUGGCAGUAGCACCAGCAGCACAAGCAGUCGCCCCGCCAGCAGCAAGACGGAGACCAGCUGGUCCAGUGCGGUGGGAACCGUGGGCAAGGUGCUGGACAAGGCCAGCUCCGCCGCCUCCUGGGUGGCCGGCAACCUGGUGGAGCCGCUGAGCGGCCAGGCGGACUCCAGCAUGUCGUCCCUGAUGGCGGUCACCAGCACCGCUGCGGAGGCCGGAAGCGUGCUCUCGGACUGCGCUAGUGCCGCCAAGGGCGCCUUGAAGGGCGGCUGGUUGGGCAUUGCUGGUGCUGGCAUCAGCUGCCUGGGCUCCGUUGCUGAGGCGACUCUCCCCGCCCCCAUCGGCACGGCGGUCAACCUGGUCGCUCAGACCGUGAGCACCGCCAUCGACAUCGUCACCGCGCCCGCCAAGGCGGUUGCUAGCGUCGUCUGGGAGGGCGCCAAGGCGAUUGGAAGCGCCAUUGGCUCACUCUUUGAUUGGUUUGGCAGGCGGCGCCUGACACAGACCGACUGCACUCUGCUUAGCGGGCUGUUUGACAGUGCUAUGGACAGUGCUACUGGCGGCUCAUCUGGCGGCAGCGGCAGCGGUGGAAGUGAAGGCGGCAUGUACUCUUGGCUGCUGUCGGACAGCUCCCUGGACACCGCCUUCCUGCAGGACAACACCGCAGGCUUCUUUGACUCGGUCUUCAGCGCUGAUUACGACUACCAGCCAAGCGUGUUUGACAUGACGCUGGGCGGCGACUAUGACUAUCAGAGCAUGGGCCUCAUGGAUAUGAUGUUUUCCGGAGACUAUGACUACGAUUACGGGUCGAGUGGGUUUGACUGGAUGUUCGAUGGAAGCUCGGGUGACUACUCAGACAGCUGGGGUGGCGACAGUGGCUGGAGCUUGUUCGACUACGACUACGACUACGUGAGCAGCGGCUCUAGUUUCGACUACGGUGGGGGCUUCUUCGGCUGGUUUGAUUGGCGUCGAGCCAUGCGGGAGGAAAACCGUCCCACUGCGGCUGUGGACAAGGACACGGAAGCUGCUGCCACUGCCACCGCCGCCACCAUUACUGUCAGCCAGAUGGAAGAGUCCGUCAGUAGCAGUACUAGCAGCAUCAGCAGUGGCGCCAGUUCGGCUCCCGUGGGUGAAGAUCUUGCUGACGUACGGCAUGCAAAGGCGCUGCGAAAGUGCACCUCAGGGCUGCUAGACAUGCCCCUGCCGCAGGCCCGCGCUUGCGUCCGCCUCCUGGCUGCCACCGCCGCAGCGGCGGCUAACAGCCGCGACGCAGCAGCCGCAGCGGAGGCUCCAACUCCUGCUGAUAACGCGGAGGCUGCUGCCGGCGCUGCUGCUGAUGAGACGCUGAUGACAGGAGCAGCGGGUGGUGCUGCGGGGGCCCAGGAACGCGUUAACCUCCGUCGGGUUGCGCACCGUGUCGCCAUGUGGCUGGCCAGGCAGUGCUACGAGCGCGAGGGCGACAGCGCUAACGGCGUGGCUGCUGCUGCUGGCGAGGAGCCGCGCCGAGGCUUGGAAGGGAUGGCGUCCGGGCUGCUGGAAGGUAGCGUUGCGGAAGGGGAUGUGUGCUCGAUGGUCCGAGCGGACCUCCGCCGCCGUCUGCUGAAGCGGCAAGCCAAGCUGCAGCAGCAACUGCAACAGACAAAGCAGGGCAAGGCUGCUACUGAGGUUGCCACGGCAGCUGUCAAUGAUAUGCCGGCAGCCACGGCGGCGGUGGCGGAGACAGCGGCGGCGACGCCAUCAGCUUCCGCAGCGGGUUCAAAGCAGCGAGUGGAGCUGCCUAAGCGGCCGCAGCGGGAUGCAAGGCGGCGGCGGCGGUUGGCUGCGGCAGCCAGCGGCAACUCCGCUCAGAGCGACCUGCAGGCCAAGCUGGAGAUGUUUGACGAGACCAUGAAUGAAGUGCACCGCAUCGCCCAGAUCGGCUUCAUCAGUGCAACCGACCAGGCGGACGCCGUCAGCUCUCGUCGUACUGCCGCUAUGAAGAGCUUCCUGCUGCGCAACAACAUCCCCCUACCCGCGGAAGAAGCUGCUGCCGAUUCCGCUGCUACUGCUGUCGCUGGAGCCUCAUCCUCGCGCUCCGCCAAGCUACCGCUCAGCGUGGUGUUGGGCCUGCAACCCGAGGAACAAGCCGCUGUGGCUGUUGCCACGGCUCCCGCCACCGCAGCCGCCAAACAGCGCCAGGCCAAGGCGAUCAGCGCGAGGAUCGCGGCCGCAAAGGCAACUGCUGCCGCCGCAAAGGUGUCUGCUGCUGGUUCGGAAGCUGCGGCGAAGAAGGCUACUACGUCGGCGGCGGCGUCAGCGAGCGGUGGUACGGACGACAGCGCGAGCAGCAGCAGCGGCAGUGGAGGAGGAGCGCUACAGUCUCGUAUGACGCAGCGCUUCUGGGGCAGUCUGGCGGAGCGGAAGGCUGCCGCCGCUGCCACCAGCGCUUCCUCUUCAGCGUCGUCAUUGAAGGCCAGCAAGGAUACCGCCACCUCCUCCACCACCACCGCCGCCGCCACCAGCAGCGGUAGUGCUACGAGUGCGGGUUCCAUGUCGUCGCCCUAUCUGGGUCCGGAUGUGCCACCACCCGUGCUCUCACUCUCGGACAUUGACAAGGAGAUGAACGGCGACUUCCUGGCGGGUCGGCCGCAGGACAAGAUGUUCCGUGAGCUGGAGCCCUUCCUGGGCCCCUCCUUCGAGGGCAUGGGGCGGGGGCUGGCGGGCAUGACACGCAACCUGUGGGCGGCCCUGGACGCGGUCAGCGGCGCGCAGCAGGUUCGCUCCUGGCUGGACAUCUUCCUGGAGCUGCAGAACAGCAUCGCGGACUCGCCCGCCGUGUGCACCGCAGGAGACCUCACCGCCACACUCAAGGACACGAAGGACAAGCCGGGCCAGUGGGCUGCUGCUGCCACGCUGCGGGGUCGCGGCGGUGUGCUGCUGGUGCAGAUGUACCGAUCGCUCAUCCAGACCUACUUCAUACGGCAGCUGCGAGGCCUGGCUCUGCAGUACGAGAUGUCCCGGGGCGCCCCCUCCCGGCUGCUGGCGGCGCUGGAUGCGGCGGUGCUGAACAUCUCCUCGCGGCAGCCCUCGCAGCCGCUGGGGGACAUCCUGCAGCGGGCGUACGACAUCGUCCAGGCGGAGCUGCCCCUCAUUCCGGAAGCGCCCGCCAAUGCAACCAGCGGUCAGCAGUCUGCUCCCCCACCUCCUCCGCAACCUCCGCUCCCCACCGCCGCAACCACCACCUCUCAGCCACCGUCCUUCGGCUCGAAUAUUGCGGUGUCAGGUCCCAUCAACGCCACCGUCUACUUCACGCUCACCGCCCGGACGCAUGCGCACGUAAUGCGCAACCUCACACAGGGCCUGGCGGCUUCCGUACAGGUACCGCUGCCUCGCCAGUCCAAGUACUUUGACGUGCGCAUGACGGGGGUGGCGGUACGAGUGCUGGCGGACCAUUCGCAGACCGUCACAGUGCAGCAGAAGACCAAGCAGUCGAGCGCCGUCAGCCCCGUCUUCCAAGACGCACUGGGCAUGGACAUGGUGCGGGCUUGUGUGUCGACUCUGUCGCUGCCCUCCGCGGAUGCUGACGUGGCUGCGGCUGUCAAGGGCCCCAUCUCCUUCUACUACCCUGACCCGGUCGCGGCGCUGUCGGGCAGGGCGGUGUCGUACAACCACCCCGUACCGGCGGCCUUCUGCAACGUCUUCUGCCCCUCCUCCUCCGCCGGCGUGUCGUACUCCACUAGCGGUUCGCCGUCAGCCUCCAUCGGCCGGUCGCUGUACAGUCCGUACGGCACCUGGCUGCUGCAGUACCGCCCUCGUGCCGGCCAGGCGGGCUUCAUCAAGGGCCUGGCGGCCUCCAAUGUGACCAACAACGCGUCGUACGUGCCGGACUGCUCUGCCGUACCCUGCACCUAUUUCCGUGCGGAGGCGCUGCAGUUCGAGUUCAACAUCACCUACCGCGAAGUGACGAGCAGCGCUUUCCUGGGCAAUGAGUCCUCAUCCUUCUUCGGCAAACCCGCGGGCGACCCAGCCGCAUCCCUGCAAGCAGGCAUCGCGCCCGCAUCCCCCUCCGACACCGAUCCCUACAAACCCGUUUCCGGGCUGCCUGACGAGCGCAGCCCGCUUGCCGGCGUGUGCAGCUACCGCACCAGCAAUAACAGCAUGCGAGCGCUCAAGACCCUCAACGACUCCUACUCCUCUGUCACUCCGCUGGCUCUGGCUGCUCGCACCAACAGCGCGGGCGCCUACGCGAACUUCCCCGCGUCGUAUACUUCAGAACCUAAGAGCCAGAUCAAUAUGAGCGUCACAAUGUAUCUCGGCGGCAUCUCGCUCUCGGAUCUCCGGGGUAACCUAACCGCCGACAGUACGGGUUACCAGUACGACACGCCAACCGCCAAGAAGUUCCUGGACGGCAUUAAGUCGUUCAUCUUCCAAGGUCCAGCUGGAGUUGGAGAGGUCCGCAUCAGCGGUGCCGUCGGCCCAUCCAACUCGUCCAACGGCACCACCUCCCGACGCAGCCUGCUGUCCACCUGGACCACCACUGCUACCGCUGCUGCUGCUGCUUCAGUCGACAACAGCGCCUCCCCUGCCGCGGUAACGCUGGAGCCCGUGAUCCACGUCCGACCCCACCACUGGCACCCUGCCAAGCAGCAGAGACAGACGGUAGCCCCAGCUGCUGCUGCUCCUGCUGCGGGCGAUGGCGAUGGCGACGGCAAUGGUGAUAGCGGGGGCGACGAGGGCAGCAGCCAAUCGAUGAGCUCCCCCCCUGUGGUGGCGCCCUCGCGCCUGGUGUAUCGCAAGCGGCGGCAGCUGGCUGACACGACCAGCAGCAGCAGCAGCACCAGCACCAGCAGUGGAGGCGGUGUGGCGGUGACGGUUGCGGUGUCGGGCUUGGAUGUGGUGACGGGCAACCAGGCAGCCAGCCUGCUGAACAACGGCGACCGUGCGGAGGCCACGCUUCAACAGUCCUUGAAGGCCAAGGGCAUCAAUGCGGUUGUCCAGGUUGCAUCCGUUGGCCUGGGCACACCCGCAUCGCCGUCCGCAAAACCUGUCAGCAGCGCCAUCGCCGCGCCGCCGCCUCCCAGCCCCAAUGCUGAGGAGGGCGGCGGCAAGAAGGGCCUUGGCGCCGGCCCUAUUGCGGGCAUUGUCGUCGGAGGCGUAGCUGGAGCUGCCAUCAUCGUCGCAAUCGUCGUUAUCAUUAUCGUACGGCGCAAGAAGAAAGUGAGCGCUGCCCCGUGGUAGAAUUCAUGGGGUAUUUUCUGCCACCGCUUUGUGGUGGAUACCUGAAUAGUAGUAGUAAUAAUAAUAAGGGUUUUGUGUCAACCCACACAUACAAGCCGUACGAACCUCGUAUUGCUGCCGAAUCGCUGCCGAUCUGCAUGCGUGCCUAAUUAGUCUCAAUGGACAAAUGGAUCAAUCGCCAUGGCACACGUCAUUUCACAUGCGCAAGAUACCUAGGUGUUGUAUGUCUCUCUUGGGAUUUUCGGCUGCUUGCCUGAGUUCCUGCUGAAAAGCAGGGAUGUUUCACCAAAGCACCAUGAAAUAGUUGGUGUAUCUUACACGAUACCUGGCAGCAGUAGUUGUUACUCGUUAACCGUUUGCAGGGAUGAAAGACUUGCAUGUUGCGGAUUUGCACACGUUUUGGACAACAGUAGUAAUCUAUCUCGUGCCUCCUGAGAUGGCGCAGGUUUGCUUUACAGCGUCUUCUAAGCACAUGUGGCGAAGAUUAUAUUGACGUUUGCACAGGCUGGAUGUCGAUGCCAUCUCACCAUUAGGACUCCAGGUUCGGGUUUCCUUUGAAUAAGCCAUGCUUUCCCGCCACCUGCUGCCGCCGCUGCGAUUGUCAUGUGGUACCUUUAUGACUCGUACCGUUUGACGAAUGCAUACUAUUUAUGAGCUUCGGUUGGGAGGUAUGGAUAGUUUCCCCUAGUUUGUAUCACUGCCGUCCCCUUUGCCUGGAUUGACACUAGUUUUGCAUUCACACACACUGUAAUCCAUUAUUGAGAG